AUGGUUGCUUUUGGCAAAAAGUUGAGAGAAUCACAGAUUCAAGAAUGGAAAGGAUACUACAUUAACUAUAAGUUUAUGAAGAAGAAAGUCAAGAGAUAUACCGAACAAAUUGAGGUUGGAGCUCAAGAUCACCAUAAUGUACUCCGCGACUUUUCAUUGCUUCUAGACAAUCAGAUAGAAAAAAUUGUUUUGUUUCUGCUUGAGCAACAAGGAGUUCUGGCGGGGAGGCUUACGCGUAUUGGAGAAGAUCACCAAAGUCUUGUACAGCAGCCAGAUUAUUCAAAGAUAUCUGAUGUCCAAGAAGCGUAUAGAGAAGUUGGAAGAGAUCUACUAAAGCUUCUUUAUUUUGUGGAAAUGAAUGCUACUGGUUUGAGAAAGAUCUUGAAAAAGUUUGAUAAACGAUUCGGCUAUAAAUUUGCCAAUUAUUAUGUCAAGACUCGCGCAAAUCAUCCUUAUUCUCAGCUAAGACAGGUUCUAAGGCACGUGGGAAUUGGUGCUGUUGUGGGAGUCUUAUCUCAUAAUCUUGCAGACAUUCAUGAUUUACAAAAGUGUCAAGAAAGCUACAUUUCUAUAUAUGACCAACCUUCUUAUGCGCAUCAAGAUCCAAUUCUUGUAUCUAUCAAAGCAGCGACAGACAAAUUAUCCAACUCAACAAGUUUCCUUCAGUUUUUGGGAAGACAUGCUUUUAUCAUGCAGCAAGAGGAACUAUCACCAUCUCCGUCUGAAGAAAACACUAUUGAUGAAAGAUAUCAUUUUAUGUCACUUCUCUUGAACUUGGCAAGCACAUUUCUGUAUAUGGUCAAUACUUACAUCGUUGUACCUACGGCCGACAACUACUCUUUGAACCUCGGAGCUGCUGCAAGUGUUUGUGGCGUCGUCAUCGGUUCAAUGGCUGUUGCACAGGUGUUUGCUUCUGUUUAUUUCAGCGCGUGGUCAAACCGAUCGUAUCUAAAACCACUUAUAUUCAGUACCAUUGUUCUUCUAAUCGGAAACGUCAUGUAUGCAUUGGCCUAUGAUCUUAAUUCAGUAGUAGUUCUUCUUAUGGGACGACUUUUCUGCGGCCUAGGCUCUGCAAGGGCUGUGAAUAGGCGUUAUAUCAGCGACUGUGUGCCGGUGAAACUUCGGAUGCAAGCAUCAGCAGGUUUUGUUAGUGCAAGUGCUCUUGGAAUGGCUUGUGGUCCAGCUAUUGCUUGUUUGUUACAGACUGAGUUUAGGAUUUACAACUUGACAAUGAACCAAGACACGCUACCUGGAUGGGUAAUGGCUGUUGCGUGGCUCGUUUAUCUACUUUGGUUGUGCACUUGUUUUAAGGAACCAGAAAAUCUUUGGGCUUAUGAAGCAGAAACUGGAGAACAAGCAGUGCAUAUUGCAGUAGAGAAUAGUCCUACACAACCAUUACUAAUGUAUUCAGAAGCAAAAGAGCAUGAUGUAGAUGUAGAUGAAGAAAAAGACGAUGACGAAGAAGUUUAUGACCAAACUGAAUCUCAGAAACCUGUUACUUCUAUUGCACUGGCUUAUAAGUUGCUUACACCAUCAGUAAAGGUUCAAUUGUUUGUGUAUUUUAUGCUCAAGUAUGCAAUGGAGAUAUUGCUUGCUGAAUCAAGCCUUAUAACAGAACACUAUUUUAUUUGGUCGACAACCAAAGUAGCCAUUUUCCUUGCAUGUCUUGGUCUUACUGUCCUUCCCGUGAAUAUUAUUAUCGGAAGCUACAUCAGCAACAUUUUUGAAGAAAGGCAAGUUCUACUAACAUCAGAAAUCAUGGUCUGCAUUGGACUUCUCCUAAGCUUCCAUACAUUAAUCCCUUAUUCAGUAACUCAAUAUGUUGGAUCAGCCCUUAUCACAUUUGUCUCUGCUGAAGUUCUUGAAGGAGUUAACCUUUCACUUCUAUCGAAAAUGAUGUCAUCGCGGCUUUCUCGUGGAACCUUUAAUGGAGGUUUACUUUCAACGGAAGCGGGAACUCUAGCUCGAGUUAUUGCAGACGGUACGAUAACAAUUGUUGGGUAUUUCAGUGAAAGUAAACUACUGAAUCUUACUCUACUCCCUGCACUACUCAUCUGCAUCUCAUCCAUUGCUGCUACGUGUUGCACCUACAACUCUCUGUACUAA